CCGACCAGUUCAGUCAGUCGCUAACUUGUGCCUGUGGUGUAUCGUCUACUUGUGCAUCGGAUAAUCCGACGAGUCGUAAUCUUUUCGCCGGUCACUUUCCCUUUUCGAAGACAAGGUUUAUUCUUAAAACAAAGAGAAUACUCGUCAAAAAUGGUUCGGCGAAGCUCGAAGGAAGAGGGAAAAUGACCCGUCCCUUGCAUCGAUUUUGUGAUUUAAUUUCGACACCUUGGGGGCCGACGGGGAAAACCUAUAAUCAAAAAAAGAUCUCCCCUGGUGUUAUGCAUUUUUCGGACCAGCCCGACAAUGUUGCAGAGACGCAGUUGGCUCAUCCGGCUCAGUGUGGUCCUAAACAUCAUCGUCGUCCUUUACGUCGGGGCGCAUAUGUACUACCAGAACAGGAGAUCUAGUGAUGGGGUUUUCGACGUUACAGGGGGUGCCGUCGUCGUCCCGGAAGGCGGCAGAGCGGGCGAAGCUUCCCGGAGGAUCCUGCUGGACAUCGGCUCACUACCGCCGAGCUUUGUCGCACCGAGCACCAACACACUCGGACCCGGGAGCUCGACGACGCCGACCAACAGGACCCAGGUGACGACGGAACACGUGUCGACGACCCUCUCGUCGAAGGUGCAGAGCAACAUCGAGUGUGACGACAUCCCGAGAAGGCAGUUCACCGCCCAGAGGGGUGACUUCUGGGUUCUACACAAUUACAUCAAAGCGGAGAGGCAGUUCAAGUGUUGGGAGAGUAUAACAUACACGACGCAUGCUGACUAUACUUUUCUCGACAAUCUUGAACCGCUUUUAGAUAGAUGGAAAGGUCCGAUAUCUCUUGCCAUGCAUGCACCUGGCUAUGAUUUCAAUAAAUCAAUUGAAACGAUAAGGUAUCUGCGUGAUUGCAGUCCUCAGCCCAUAAGUGAGUUCGUCACUUUCCAUUUUUUCUUUCCAAACAAACACUUGCCGAAGGUGGUGCCUAAGCCAUGGCAGGCCCUAGAAGGUGACAAGUACAACUGCUCGUUGCAGCCCCCGUGGGUGGACAAGGCGACGUACAAGGCUGAAAAGAAGCUUACCUACCCGAUAAACGUCGGUCGCAACAUCGCUCGAGAGAUGGCGACGACGCAUUAUAUACUCGCCUCAGACAUUGAGCUCUAUCCCAGUCCAGGGGUCAUACCGGACUUUCUAGACAUGGUCAAAAGACAUGACCCACCCCUUAAACACAAAAAACCAAAAGUCUUUCCACUCUCUAUAUUCGAACUGGAAGCUAAUAUGAGUCUCCCAUCUGAUAAGACUGAAUUAGUAGCAAUGCUUAAGAAUGGUACUGCGAUUCCAUUCCACAAGAGACUGUGUCCAGGUUGCCAUAAUGUGCCUCACACGAAAGAAUGGUUGAAAGCGAAUAGCACUAUGGGCGGGCUGAGAGUGUUCCAUAUUGGGAAACGCACCGGUUACUUCAUCCACUGGGAGCCGAUAUACAUCGGGACCAACAGCGAUCCCUUCUAUGAUGAAAGGCUCAGCUGGGAAGGAAAAAGCGACAAAAUGACACAGGGCUACAUCCUGUGUGUUUUGGACUAUGAGUUCCAAAUACUCGACAACGCGUUCCUCGUCCAUAGGCCCGGGAUAAAGAAGCUGAAACGAGACCCCGUGAGGGCCAUGCAGGCAUCAAAGACGAACUCGCUCAUCAAGUAUAAAAUAUUUCCCGAGCUCAAGAUCUUGUAUGGCACACGGAAAGGAUGCGCGGUUUGACGAACAUCAAUAUCUAGGUUUAAUAAUAUCUUUAAAAAUUAAAUUAUUUUUUAUCUUGUAAAUAAUUUGGUACCAAAAUGGUGUAUUUCUAUUAUUUUGCUAGUUUCUUGUUUGACAUUUGGGGUCAAAAAGGCAAUCCAUGAGUUUUCACCAUUUUUUUUCUCUAUCUUCUCAAAAGUUUAUGCUAAUCAUUAGUAACUUCAUGGAUUGCACAUUAUUUUUUGUACCUAUUGCUUAUAUAGGAGGAUUUAAAUCUCAUCUCUUGUUCCUACCUGUUAGUUUUCAUAAUUAAUUUCAUUUUGUGCUCAAAAAUUUAACUUAUUGUAGAUUGUUUUUUCCGGAAAAAAAAGUUUUUCUCAUGAAAUUCUUCCUAAAGUGCUUUCAGAUUUUUUAUAUCUAAAAAAAGAGAAAAUAGUAAAAAUAAAAUAUUUUAAAAUACUUGUUAAAAAAAAUGCUGUGCCUUAAAAGUAUACUCAGUCCUUUCGCUUUUUGCAAUUUUAAAAAGAAGAAAAAAAUUGUGACUGCAAGAAAUCAAACAUUCGGAGCACAAUCUAGGUGCCAUAAUGAAUUAACAAAUAUAGUGGUGCUAAUCACAAAACAUUAGGGCAUGAUUCAUUAAAAUCACAAAAAUAAUGCAAGGAAAAUUUGUUGUAAAACAUUAAUUUAACUGAACCAAUUAUCAUAAAUAAAAUUAAAAGUUAAUAUAUCAAAUUAAUCGUUUAUUUGGUUAUGUGAUUUAAUGACUCAUUGUGAUUUAACAUUAUCAUCGUAAUUAGUUUUUAAUCAUGCUCUUGAUAUACGUAAUGAAUGAAAUAUUGUUUGUUUUAGAAAAGUUUUUUUUUUGUUAGUUUGCACCAAAUUGUAAAAAAAAUUAUAAGAAUGAAAUAUUUUUUAUAUUUAAUCAAAUUUUUGUUAUUAUGGUAGGCAUUGUCUGCCUGUGUUUGUGAUAUUUUCAAAUUAAUGUUAAUGGAAUUUUUUUAAAUUAUUAUUUUUUUUUUUUUUUUAAACAAAAGGGGCACUCGGAUUUUAGAAAUUGUCAUUACUUCCAUCUUGGUGUUGGCCUUCGGGAAAUGAAGGGUUUCAUUUAGCAGACAGGCAUAUACAUUUAGCACAUUCUGCUCUCUCUCUCUCUUUUUUUUAAGUAUGUAUUUCCAAAUUAUUUUAUUUAAAUCCUUUAUUCUUUUUCUCUCUUUUUUAUUUUUAAUUUUUUCAAAGUUGGGAAAUCAAGUGCCAUUAUGAUAAUUCUUGAUGAUAAAUCUUUAAUUGUAUAUUCUUCUCUGCUUUUUGAAGCCAUAUGCGGUGUUUUUGUUUUUUAAUCUCUUUUUUUUAGUUUUAUUGUUGUAAAUAUAAAAUUAUUAUUUUAAAAAAGAAAAUUGUAUAUAGUCUCUUCAUUAUAUAUAUAUAUAAUAGUGAGUGUGAUAGGUAAAGUGUAAAUUAUAUUUUUGAAGGUACUUAAGUCAUUACUGUACUUUAUAUUAUAUCAUUUAUUACUUGUUCUGUAAAUAAUAUGAAAUAAAAAUAAUUUACUUA